AUGGGGACCCAGCGGAUCAGACAAGCCCCAGGGCUGCUUCUUGAGGUACAUGACUCGGCAAAAGGGCCAGUGUUGCCAAAGGAUGGACAGCGAAACGUUCUCAUCACUUCUGCUCUGCCUUACGUCAACAAUGUUCCUCAUCUUGGGAACAUCAUUGGAUCCACUCUCUCUGCCGACGUCUUUGCGAGGUACUCCCGGACAUUGAACGUGCCAACGCUAUACAUAUGUGGAACCGACGAAUAUGGUACUGCUACCGAGACAAAGGCGCUGGAGGAAGGUGUCACACCUAUGGAGUUGACAACCAAAUUCCACAAACUUCAUACGGAUAUCUACAAGUGGUUCGAGAUCGGCUUUGAUAAAUGGGGAAGGACAUCAACUCCAGAGCACAUGGUUAUCACACAACAGAUCUAUAAAAACUUGCACGAUAACGACCUCCUCCAACUCGAGACCUCUGAACAGACCUACUGCGAAGAUGAUCAAAUGUUCCUCGCUGAUCGAUUUGUCGAAGGCACCUGCCCGAAUUGCGGCUAUGAGGACGCCCGAGGUGACCAAUGCGACAAAUGUGCCUUGACGUUCUCUUCCCCUACCGCCCUGCUCCAACCUCGAUGUAAACGCAACAAAUCACACAAACUCUCUGUCAAACCCUCCACUCACGCUUGCGUCCGCUUGGACCUCUUGCAACCUAGAUUGAUAGAAUGGAUGCAAAAGGCCAGAGUCAAAGGCGGCUGGGGAUCCAAUGCGGUCAUCACGGACAAGGGAGAGAUUGUCGAGCCGAGAAUGCUCGGUGAGGGAUUGAGACCGAGUGCCAUCACACGAGAUCUCAAGUGGGGAGUCGAGGUUCCAAAAGUGGGCAUUGCGGAAGAGGACAAGGCAUUGGAGGGCAAAGUCAUUUAUGUCUGGUUUGACGCACCGAUUGGAUAUCCGUCCAUCACUGCCACGUACACUGACCAGUGGGAGAAAUGGUGGCUGAAUCCCGACAAUGUUGAGCUCUACCAAUUCAUGGGAAAAGACAACGUCUACUUCCACACUGUCCUGUUCCCCUCGAUGCUGAUUGGUGAUGGACGCAAAUGGACUAUGCUGCACAACAUCUCAUCAACUCAAUAUCUCAACUAUGAGGACACAAAAUUCAGCAAGAGCCGGAAUAUUGGUGUCUUUGGCAAUAACGCACAGGAGACUGGCCAACCUGCCUCCGUGUGGCGAUAUUACCUCAUCUCUCAGCGCCCCGAGAAUGCCGAUUCUGCCUUCCUCUGGUCCAGCUUCAUCUCUGCGAACAACAACGAGUUACUCGCAAACUUGGGCAACUUCGUCAAUAGAGUGAUAAAAUUCGUCAAUGCCAAAUUCGACUCGGUCGUCCCUGGAACUGAAACUUCGCUCGACCCCGCUCUCGUCGAUGAUAUAAACGCCCGUCUCGCCGAAUAUCGCAGUAAUAUGGACGAGACCAAGCUCAGGGCUGGUCUUGCAACCGCCAUGAGCAUAUCCGGAAGAGGCAACCAAUACCUUGCCGAGGCAGGUCUCGACAAUGCGCUCCUCGCCAACAACCCUGAACGUUGCGGCGAGGUCCUCCUCAACGCCAUCAACUUGAUCUACCUCAUCAGUGUGGUCUUCCAACCGUUCAUGCCGUCCAUCACUGAUGGAAUUUUGCGACAACUCAAUGCUCCGGCGCGUAGUCUCCCGAAUACCUUCUCUAUAGAUAUUCUUCCUGGUCACACCAUCGGCAAAGCCGAGCACCUGUUUAAGAAGAUUGACAAUGCGAACGGGGAGCAGGAGAAAAAGUGGCAGCAGCAAUUUGGAGGUGACGCCGUCGUGGCCAACAAGGUCGACCCUGCUGGACCUGACGGACACCCUGAAGGAGGCAAAGUACCUCGUCCCGCGGAUAUUCUCCUCAACGAAAAGGCGGAAAAGAAGGCCCAGCAUCUUGCUCGGCAGGCUGAACUGAACCGCAAGAAGAAGGAGAAGGACGCCGAGUCGGAAAAGCUCAAAUCUCCUGAACAGCGGGAUUUGGAAGCACGAGUCGAGGCCCAAGGAAAGCUUGUAGCGUCUCUCAAGUCUGGUAAGGUCGAGGGCAACGUAGAGGAGGCCAUGGCCAAGGCGAAAGAGUUAAAGUCAGAGUUGGCAGAUUUGCGCAAGAAGUUGAAAGAGACGUCAUUGUAA